AUGUCCGUUUCUAGCGGCAACUCAGUAAAUGCAGUGUAUCCUAGCUUACAGAACGAGUCUCACUCCACUGGUGCCUCUUCUAUAAAGAAUUCAAAGAAUCUUGGAAACAAUGGUUCACUGGAUCUUCCGGGAAAGAUUGAGAACUUCAAAGCAUGGAGUUCCACGGCCAUGAAGUGUACUAAACAGGCUAUCGAAGAGAAACUUGGUACAACGUCUCCAACUCGAGAUCCCGAGAUGGAUGGCAAAAUUGAUGAAGUCAAGCGAAUUCAAGCAAGGUAUCAGGAAAUUAGCUCGACGGUGAAGAAAAUGAUCACCCACAUGAAUGCAAUCACGGCCCUCGAACAGUCACUCUCCUCACAACUCACCGUGGCAUCCCAGCAUCAACCCGAACUCAUUCAUGAAUUUGCUCAGAAUGCUGAAGUUCAACGUGUUGUCGCCAUGUCUACGAAUAGCUAUAUUGGUAAGUUUGGGUCUUUUCGGCAAUGUCUUUUUCUGUUGAAAAUUGAUCACCCCCUUCACAUCAAUUGCGCAGUUUGA